UUCCGCUUGCUUCCUGAAGUCAGCGGAUCUCUCCAGUGCAGCAGUAGUUUGUACAUUCCUGGAAGCAGCAGAGUGUGCACCCAGCCACGAGGAGAUACUAACUCUCAGAAUAAAUCUGAAUCUGUGAACAUGGCUCAGAAAAACAUCAAAGUUGAAGCCAGCCCUGCGAGCAGAAGCGUGAAAACAGAGCCAGAGGAAGCUACAGCCUGUCAGGAACCACAUGAACAUCAGUUCAGAGUGAAGUUCAGUUCUGAUGAGAUAUACACCAUUGACUGUGUUCAACCCUGCACAGUGCUGGAGGCCAUAAAACCCUUAAAAAAAUUUAAGAAGAUGGUUAAGGGUGCAGAUGGAAAUGUUAUCAUUCAGAUGGGUACAGGAGACGACGAAUCAAUUGUUCCAACACAUUUCCCGUGUUCUUGUGUUGGGGAUCAUGAGGUUCUGACCAUUUCAUGUAAAGCAGAAAAAGUAGAAUCGGCUCAGGUCCAAGAUUCCAAAAUAGUACAUCCAAGAGAUGCCUAUUCUGUCUUUUACAUUGAUACAAAGGGAGGACUAAAUGCCAAAAAAAAAAAGCUUUUUAAAAGUGGCACUUUAAAACAGUUCAGGUAUCUCUGUGUUUACGGAGAGAAGGGGAUAACUGUGGCGGAGGCUCUAAAAAGAGAUGGCCGCUUCACUGAUGACCUGGGCUACUUUGAGCUGGUUAACAUCAAUGACAAAUGUAAGACUGAGUGCACAGACAGAAUUGAUAAUCUGGAAAAUAAGAAAUUCCAGAUAUGUCUUCCACGAGGAGCAAAUACUGAAGCAAAAGAAUUAAAUCAACAGGCUGACCAUGUGCAACUCAAACAGCAAAAACGAAAACAAGCAACAAAUAAUGCACAACGAAAGACAGAAAUAAGAUUAAUCUUAAAUGUAGCACAGCGGACAGGAAUCAGUCUAAAAAGAGCAGCCGAAGAAACAGACAGCAGCAUUGACCCUAAGGAGGUUUAUGAGCUACUGUGUAAGCAGUACCCACGUCUGAAACAAUGGAUGAAAAGUAGAUUCCAUGAAAAUUCUUUUCAGGAAACACUGAAAAUACUGAGAAAGGAUAAUUUUGGAAAGAUCCAACAGUCUUUUAGUGAAAUUCACAAAGUCAGGUUGCUGCUAGAGCUGAGUGAGUCAGUUUGUUUCAUAACUGGUUCCUUCAUAAAGCAGGGCACAGGUUUUGUGCUAUUUGACAACUAUGUCUUGACGAAUGCCCACUUAUUCAAAUACUAUAUUGACUCAAAAUUACCUAAUUGGCAUGAAAUUGCAAAUGUUACAGUUGUCUUUAACUUCGAAACACAAGAGUUUAAAGAAAUGAACAAGAUUAAUGCCAAGGUGUUUGUUGGCGACGCUGAAUUAGAUUACAUCAUACUUAAGCUAGAAAAAACUGAAGCGCCGCUAGAAACAGAGAGCCAGGUUCCACCAGGGCUCCUCAAGAGAUUUGGACCUGUACCUUUAGAUGGUGAGGCCUGUGUUGUUGGACACCCAGGAGAAGGAGUGAAAAAAAUGGAUCCUACAUGUGUCAUUGAGAAAGACAAACGAGAGGAGGCUGUUAACAAAAAUUUAGAGGACUACAAGGAAUAUUUCAUCACUCUUUAUGCAAUCAAUCAGGCGAUCAAAAAUGACCCAUAUGAAAAUAUCUAUGUGACCUACAACACUUUCAUGUAUCACGGCUCUUCUGGCUCCCCAGUAUUUGAUGCUACUGGACAAGUGUUUGGUUUGCACAGUGGGGGAUUUUUCUGGGCCGACCUACAGAACCGCUUGGAAGGUCAGGAACUAGCGGUUAACGCGAUGGACGAGCGAAUGGGAGUGCUUGAGGCCAAAUGUCGACCGUGCUCAUCGAUCUCUAUGGCCUAUGCCGCAGCGGGCGAGAAGCCGCGUACCAUCAUCGCUGGUAUACAUCACUUUCAGACAAAAGAGCUUAUUCUACGGCUCGCCAGGAUGAAAAAGAUGGAGUACAAGGGGAAUAAAGUUCUGAUCUUCCCAGAUUACACCAGCGAAGUAAUGAGUCAGCGCCAUUCCUUCCGGAACGUGAUGCAAGUCCUGAGAGAAGACGGAAUAAAAUUCCAGCUACGGUACCCGGCGAAGCUGCGUGUGUAUUGGAAAGAAUCAGACAUGAACAAGAUCAAUGCCAAGGUGUUUAUGGUCAGAGACGACCUAGAUUAUGCCAUACUUAAGCUAGAAACAGAGAAUCAGGUUCCACCAGGGCUCCUCAAGAGAUUUGGACCUGUACCUUUAGAUGGUGCGGCCUGUGUUGUUGGACACCCAGGAGGAGGAGUGAAAAAAAUGGAUCCUACAUGUGUCAUUGAGAAAGACAGACGAGAGGAGGCUGUUAGCAAAAAUUUAGAGGACAUCAAGGAAUAUUUCAUCACUAUUUAUGCAAUCAAUCAGGCGAUCAAAAAUGACCCAUAUAAAGACAUCAGGGUGACCUACAACUCUUUCAUGUAUCACGGCUCUUCUGGCUCCCCAGUAUUCGAUGCUUAUGGACAAGUAUUUGGUUUGCACACUGGUGGAUUUUUCUAUGACGAUCCAAAGCCUAAUCACAGUGUGAUUGAGUUUUCCUUUCCUCUGCUCACUAUAUUUAAAAACUUUUUGGAUAUAAUAAAGGGAGAUGAGGACAUGGUGGGAAGAGUUGAGGAGGCGGCAAAGGGAAAUCCACACCUAGAAAACAUUAUUGCGUCUGUUUUGGGGUCAAAGCAAGACAGACCUGAGGAGCUGUUGCAGGGUGUUCAGGGUAAUACAGAAGAUUCUGAGGAGGACAUGGAGAUCAGUCAUGCACCAGAAUCUCCAGGCACAGCACAGAGAGAGAAUAAUCACAGUAAUUAG